CCGCCAUGCUGGUCAUGCACGACGAUAUCUCGGCUUCUACCUCUGCGGGCGCGGCACUACCGGCGCUGAUGAAGCGUGACGACAACCGGUUGCUGGUGUGGCAACAGGAGACGUCCAAUUUCCCACCUGAACCAACGAUGGCUCCUCCUCCCCCGCCUCCUGCCACAUCGGAGUCCAAUUCGCCUUCGCUCAAGAAGAAAAGCAACAACAAGCAGAUUUUUAUCUGCAAUGAAGUUCACUGUGGCAAGCAGUUCCCGCGAUCAUUCGCGCUCCGACGCCAUAUGCGCAUCCACACCGGCACGAAACCCUACGUGUGCGACUACGAAGGCUGCACGCAGCGCUUCAACACGUCGGGCAACUUAAGUCGCCACAAGCGUAUCCACAGUGGAGAGCGGCCGUAUCCAUGUAUCUUUGAGAGCUGCGGCAAGCGCUUCAACACGAGCACAAAACUCAAGAGACAUAUGCGCAUCCAUUUCCCCGAGGGCCAAAAUCUGUUCCGCUGUAUCGGUCAAAAUAAUUGCAACUGGAGCUGUGACAAUUAUAAAGAAUUUGCGCAACACCAAAAACUGCACCACAAUAUCAUCGUAGGCGCCCGACAAGAGAACAACUACACUCGGCAACACCAUGGCCUGCAAGAGCACGACCAACACACACCCGUCGCGGUUGUCGAUACAUCGACCGACAAGGACAACGACUACUUCUCCACCGCGGACACCACUCGCGAAUACUCGACCGAGAGCCUUCCGUACAACUCUCACCACGUCUCCGCUGCUCCGAGUGGUAGCUUCCUGUACGCCAGCAGCUACGACAAACCCAAGAGCAGCGUCUUGGCUCCCUCUACUCGCAACAAACUGAUGGGUCCACCGUUCUUCGGCUCGGAUCUCGGUGGCAGUCUCCCGACUAUGUUGCCCAAAGAUCAGAGCAAAAAGUCGCCGGAUCUGGAUCAUCUGUACGGGUCGGACCAACGUCGCCUCAAAUCGGGCCAUGCCUUCCCCUCCGUGCAGUACUCCAGCACUGGUGGCUCGUUCUCCAUCAGCUCCGACAGCUCGUUUAACCGCCCGAGCUUCACCACCAACAGCAGCCACUUCGCUCCACUUCGACCGGAAGACGAGCGAAGCUAUGAGAACCAAACGCAAAACCAGCAGCAGAUGCUGCCACCUCCAGGCAACCACGUACUUCGGCCGCCCCCACAAAGCAACGAUGAUGGCAAAUACGGCGGAUUUGCUGUGCCGCCCCCAAUGAACCCAGCGGCACCCGAGUUCACGGGUGAAGAGCUCAACGUGGUGCUGCAGCUCAUGAACGAGAAUUACUGACGAAUCAGCCGAAGCGCGGACUGGACUGUGGAAGUAAAGUCCCUGUAGUUAUUAAUUAAUACGAAGUACUGUGAUUUGUU